GGAAUUUCGACGCGUCUGGAUUCAGAUUUGUUUUGCUAGAUUUCAAUCCUGGGAUUUGGAGGUUGUCAUUUCAAAGCAUUUGGCUUGCUUUUUGGGAAAGACUAUCAAAUUCACCAGAAGAUAAUAAUCGUCAUGUCUGAUUUCGAAGACGAAAUGGACGUGGAUGCUCCAGCUUCCAAGGCCAUCCAGUUCAGCUCCGACAAUACGAGUGCGAAGUCAAAGAGACCGGCUGCAGAUCUACCGGUAGAAGCCCAGGAUAAUCUUCCUUGGGUAGAGAAAUACCGACCAAACACGCUCGACGAUGUCUCCGGUCACAAGGACAUCCUAGCUACCAUUAAUCGAUUUGUUGAAGCAAAUCAACUGCCUCAUCUUCUGCUUUAUGGGCCUCCAGGAACGGGGAAAACGUCGACAAUUCUGGCGCUGGCGAGGCGGAUAUACGGGAGCAAAAAUAUGCGACAAAUGGUGCUGGAACUGAAUGCCAGUGACGAUCGAGGAAUUGAUGUUGUUCGAGAACAGAUCAAGACAUUUGCCAGUACGAAGCAGAUUUUUUCGAUGGCCCCGUCUUCCACAUCGUCUCUUGCGUCGUUCAAAUUGAUCAUUCUUGACGAGGCCGAUGCCAUGACAGCCACUGCACAGAUGGCGCUCCGCCGAAUUAUGGAGCGAUACACAGCCAAUACGCGCUUUUGCAUCAUUGCCAACUACACACACAAGCUGUCGCCAGCUCUGCUUUCACGAUGUACCCGCUUCCGCUUCAGUCCAUUGAAAGAGGAGGAUAUCAAGGUACUGGUUGACCAGGUCAUUGAGAAGGAAGAAGUGCGCAUCCAACCCGACGCGAUUGGCAGCCUGGUCACGCUGAGCAGAGGUGACAUGCGUCGUGCUUUGAACGUUCUACAAGCCUGCCAUGCAAGCAGCAAACCCCUUCCCGUGAAAAACGCACCCAAAGACGAACCUCUCCCCGAACCGGAAACGAUCACGAACGAGACGAUUUACGAUUGCAUUGCUGCGCCUCAUCCAUCCGAUAUCCAAGAAAUCAUGACUACUCUACUCGCGACCAGCGAUGUCACCUCAUGUCUCAAUACUCUUAAUACCUUGAAGAUCAACAAAGGCCUUGCGUUGGCUGAUAUUCUUUCCGCCCUGAGUGAGCAGCUGCAACGGCUGGAGGUACCGGCUCAGACGAGAAUUACCUGGCUGGAAGGACUGGCUGAUAUUGAAUGGCGUCUGUCCGCUGGCGGAUCUGAGACGGUGCAAACGGGGGGGUUGGUUGGCGUGGUGCGGAAUGGGUGUGAGUUGAUGGAGUAAUUAGCCAUGGAAAGCAUUAAUAAACAAC